UCUCAAUUCUUCAUUUACUUAAGUUGAAUGAGUCCUUCCAAUUCAUACAUGCAAUGCAAGGCACUAAAUUUAAUUACAUCGUUUUAUUGAAACUGGAGAUUCAUGAAUGACACAAAACCAGAUGAUUCUUUAAAUCAAACAACAUGGUACGAAUUAAGGAGCGUUAUCUCCUAGUUAAGAUCCUCUACCCAAAUGAACUUGGCAGUCGGCCUGAUCUUCCCGAUGUUGUGGUCAUCAACCAACCAACGACCGACCAACUCAAUUCAGCAGCCCUCCUUAGGGGUAUACGAGCGGAGGUUACCAAUUUAUUCGGAGACUAUGGCUCAGGAGCCAUCGAGGGUGGGAACUUAGGUGUGAAAUACUUCUCUCAUGCCACUUCAACAUUUAUUCUGCGCAUUUCGCGAUCGUCUUAUCGCCUGGUCUGGACUGCCCUCACUUUUAUGAACUCCAUCCCCAUUAAAAAUGGAAAACCUUGUGUCUUCCGUGUUGUUCAUGUGAGCGGUACCAUGCGCAAAGUCGAGGAAGAAGCUAUUCGUCGUGCUCGGGACCUCAUUUUUACGGCGCAGAACGACCAAAAAGAGAAGACCGAUGAUCCUCUUAGCAACAUGUUUAGAAAAUCAGAACGGUCGCAACCCGAUGUUGCUAUGGCAGACUUACUAAGCGUCGAGGAUGAUGACAGCGACGUAGAAAUGGGGGAAAUAGUUGAUGAUUGA